AUUAAUAUUUUAUGUGAAUCACGUGACUGUCACAUGAUUUUGAAACCGGAACUUGCCGUAGAGAGAGGCUUUGGACAAUUAAUUUAUGAAAUGCAGAGCAAACACUGACAACUAACUGCAAUACAUAAUAGUCAGCAAAGCUAAAGGUUCACAAUGAGUGAGGAGCACUACUACCUGGAACUUUGUGAAAAUCCUGUGCAAUUUGAAAAUGCCUCAAGCGUCAACAAUGUGUUUUUUGACGAAGCAAACAAACAGGUGUUUGCAGUGCGAUCAGGGGGUGCCACUGGGGUUGUGGUUAAAGGACCAGAGGACAAAAGCUCAGUUGCCUUCAGAAUGGAUGACAAAGGAGAGGUGAAGUGCAUCAAGUUUUCAAUCGGGAAUAAGAUUUUGGCAGUUCAGAGAACACCAAAAUCUGUGGAUUUCAUAAACUUCAUACCGGACUAUCCACAUUUGGAAUUCUCCCAGGAAUGUAAGAUGAAGAAUGCCAGUAUUUUGGGCUUCUGUUGGACUAACUGGAAUGAAAUCGUUUUCAUCACUGACCAGGGAAUUGAGUUCUACCAGGUGCUUCCUGACAAGCGUAGCCUGAAGCUGCUGAAGAGUCAGAGCAUCAAUGUGAACUGGUACAUGUACUGUCCUGAGACUGCAGUCAUUCUACUUUCUACCACCUUCCAGGGCAAUGUGCUGCAGCCGUUUGCCUUCAAAAGUGGGACCAUGUCUAAAAUGUCCAAGUUUGAGAUCGAGCUUCCGGUGGUUCCCAAGCCAGCCAAGCUCAAUCUGUCAGAGAGAGACAUUGCUGUGGCCAACAUUUACGGUCAGCUGUAUGUAAUGUAUCUGAAGCAUCACUCCAGAACUACCGACAGUCCCUGUGCUGAGGUGAUCCUCUAUCAGCUACCCAGGGAGGGAUCCUGUAAGAAGACCAACGUGUUAAAACUCAACACCACAGGGAAGUUUGCCCUCAACGUGGUGGAUAACCUGGUGGUAGUGCAUCAUCAGAGCACUCAGACCUCCAUCAUAUUUGACAUCAAGCUACGGGAGCCCGACUGUGCCCUGAACGUCCACCAGCCUGUGCUGCCUCCUCGCUCCAUACACCCCUACAGGAUUCCCCUCACAGGUCCUUCUGCUGUACCCAGCCAGCCUCCGGUGCCUUGUGAGCUCUACUCCUCAUCUUGGAGCGUCUUUCAACCCGACAUCAUCAUCAGUGCAAGCGAAGGAUAUCAGUGGUAUCUGCAGGUGAAGCUGCCGCCCACCGUCAACCUCCUGCAGGACAAGGGCAAGCUGAUCGACUUCCUCCUGCGCAGACGAGACUGCAAGAUGGUCAUCCUGUCUGUGUGCUCACAAAGUAAGACUGCCUUGUGUAACAGAGGGGAGACUGUGUUCGUCGCUGAAGGAAGCACUCUAAUGAAACAAGUGCUCAACGGGGAAGACAAGGGGAGCUUACCAGUGGUGGCCACAGUGUUCGACAAACUCAACCAAGUCUUCAAAGAGUACCUGGAGGCAGAGCAGACCUACACUGUGGCUAUGGAGUCUGGUCCCAGCCGAGGCAGCGCUGCUCGGGAGAGGCCUGUCCGGACGCAGGCGGUUAUCGACCAGUCCGACAUGUACACACACGUCCUGUCCUCCUUCACAGAGAAAAAGGACGUAUCUCACAAAUUCAUCAUUGCUGUGCUGAUGGAGUACAUCCGCUCACUCAACCAGGUCCAGAUCACUGUGCAGCAUUACCUGUAUGAGCUGGUCAUUAAGACGUUGGUUCAUCACAGUCUCUUCUACAUGCUUCAUCAGUUCCUCCAGUACCACGUCCUCAGUGACUCUAAACCUCUGGCCUGUUUGCUGCUGUCUCUAGAAGGCACUUACCCUGCUGCACACCAGCUCUCCCUGGACAUGUUAAAGAGACUGUCCACGGCCAACGAUGAGAUCGUGGAGGUGCUCCUGUCCAAACAGCAGGUGCUGGGUGCUCUGCGCUUUAUCCGCAGCGUGGGCGGAAACGACAACAUCUCCGCUCGCAAGUUCCUGGAUGCGGCGCUCCAGACGGCCGACCAGAUGCUCUUCUACACCAUAUUCCGGUUCUUUGAGCAGAGGAACCUGCGCCUGAGAGGCAGCCCCAGCUUCAACCCAGGUGAGCACUGUGAGGAACAUGUGGUAUACUUCAAGCAAGUUUUCGGGGAGCAAGCACUCAUGAAGCAAGCAACAGUUUGAGCUGUGACAUUUCAUCUUAUCCCACAGCCCGUCUAACUUAUUGUAAAUGGUUGAAAUCAUGCUAAUAAAGUCAUUUGUACAUACUCUAACAAUCAA